GUGACGUAGUAAACGGUUUGAAAAAUUCUAGAUACUGAAAAAGCAGGCAAAUGCAAAGUUGUACAUAGAACUUUCCUUGGAAAAAAUGUGCAGACUGAAAAAACAAAGCUAAGUUUGAAAGUGCAACAUGCGAGAGUAUCUUGACUUUGUUGAGAGUUCAUUUGCGGACUUUCUGUUGGCGUGCGUUUCGUGAGUGAUUGAUUUGGAGUGUUGGAGACGUUGCCUGGACGGUGGCACAUUCUUGACGGAUUCCACCAUUCUUCAUAUUUAGAUGCCUCUCAUUUCUCAUUUAAUUUCCAUCCCAAAAUUUCUCAUUUAACUUCUGCUUAAAGCUUCUGGGUUUCCUCGACUUCAUAAGCCAUUCUUUCAAACAGGUUGAAGAAUGAGAAUUUAAAUACUUGGAACAACAUUAAGUUUCGAAGUAUCUUGGUGAAGAAGUCUUCAAAAUUAUUAACUUGCGGAGGGGAUUUUAACAUUCAAUCUUGAUAAGUUAUUGAAGGCUGAUAUCGUUGUGGAAUGGCAUUCAAGCACACUGUGAUGCUUGGGGAUUCUCCAUCCAUAGGAAAACCAAGGUCUAGCUUAUCUUCUCUGCCUCCUCUUCUCCGAAGUUCUUCUUUGGUGUCAUAUUCAACAUCAUCUCCAUCACAUUCCCCAACUUCAACAACACUUCCACAAAGAAAGAUGUUUCCAAGCAGUAUUGGAACAGAUAAUUGGAUUGAUUGUAUGAAAACUAGAUCUUCUUGUGAUGACAUUAAGUUAGCAAAUGAAUUCAAACUGGAUGGUGUUAGUCCCGACAUGCCAAAUGAAUCUUAUGCCUCAUGGAUGAGAGACCAUCCUUCAGCACUGAAAAUUUUUGAGCAGAUGAUGAGUGCAUCAAAAAACAAGCAAAUUGCAGUCUUUUUAGAUUAUGAUGGGACCCUUUCUCCAAUUGUUGAUGAUCCUGAGCGAGCUUUUAUGUCUGUUGAGAUGCGCUCAACAGUGAAAGAACUUGCAAAGUAUUGUCCGACUGCAAUUAUUAGUGGACGGUCUAGAGAUAAGGUGUUCGAUUUUGUACAACUAGCAGAAUUAUAUUAUGCUGGCAGCCACGGAAUGGAUAUUAUGUUACCAGCCCGAGCAUUCAAUGGCACAAAGAAUGGCUAUACAAGAAAUAGAGACCAAAAGGGAAAUGAAGUUGUUCUCUUCCAGCCAGCCAGAGAGUUUUUGCCCAUGAUAGAUGAGGUAUAUAAAUUAUUGCAGGAGAAAGUAAAAAUAAUAACUGGAGCCACGGUAGAAAAUAACAGAUUUUGUGUUUCAGUGCAUUUUCGCUGUGUACAGGAGAAGGAUUGGAGUGCACUUACAGAAAUAGUGAGAAAUCUUCUCCAGACAUAUCCCCGUUUACACUUAACCCAGGGGAAAAGGGUUUUGGAGAUUCGGCCUCUAAUUAAGUGGCAUAAAGGAAAUGCCCUUGAAUUCUUACUAGAAUCACUAGGUUUAGCAAGUUCAAGUGAUGUGAUUCCUUUGUAUAUUGGAGAUGAUUGUACAGAUGAAGAUGCUUUCAAUGUCUUGAAAGCCAGAGGACGGGGCUUUUCAAUCCUCGUCUCUUCUGUUCCUAAAAAGACAAACGCAUCCUACUCUCUACGAAACCCCUCUGAGGUUAUGGAAUUUUUACGUCAUUUAGUGACAUGGAAGCAGCAGUCUUCGAAUAGUCGAUCAAAAGCAUAACAGAGUAAAAGAACCUCACAUAUUAUCUGAUAGGUUCUGAAGAUGAAAGUUAUACGAAGAACCCAUGAUGAGAUGUGGGUUCAAAAUUGAUGUUUUAGACAGUAAAAUUGAAUUGUGUUUUGUAGCCGCAAGAAAAUUUCUUUUUUGUAGUUCCUACAAUGGAGCAAUUCUCCCAUUGUAUUGGAUACAUCUAUUGUUAUUACCCAGCAACCUGUAUACUGAGGAUCAUAGUGCAAUAUUUAGCACACACAUGAUUGGGUAUUAGUUAGGUCUACAGUUUCAGGGCUCUGCAAAAUGUUGCAAGACAAUCGUUGUCGGGUUCUACUUCAGCCUUUAAGGAAUGACUGAGGCAUAUCCCUGUGAAAAGCAUUGAAUGGUGUAUGUACACUAUGGUGGAUACAAGACUUAUAUCAAUAAGAAAAUUUCAAGUGAACUUUAAAGUUGAUGCUUUGGAAGAGUUGAAAGAGAUUCUGAGGAAUGGAUGCUACCUCUUAAUCUAUUGAAGCAACAAAACAUAUAAUUUUAGACCAUAUAACUUUUCCUUUUUUUCC